GCGGCUGCCCUCACGGAGAAUCAAGGACGCUUGCCAGUGGUUCCCGCGGAGAGCAACCCAGCACACGCGCCGGGCUCUGGCAAAAUGAACUACGGAACCGUUCGCCGGUUGGUAACCCCGAAUUGUGCGCUACGAUUUAAGUAAUAAGAGAUUGUGAGACUGUAGUUUAAUUUUAUUGUAAAGGUUGACUUAAGAAUGUGAACUAAAAUAGUUUACUGGCAAAAGUGAACUGUGGAAAUUAAGUUGGUACUACGUAAAAACUAAAUCAAGGAAUGUGUUGAAAGACGUUGCUCAAAAUGAAGUUUUUAUGUAUUUUGUUGCUGUUUGCUAUAACAUCAGCAUACGAGAUCACGCAGCUCCUGGUCCCCCUUCACGCGGACCCUCGCCGGGCCGCCGAGCUCAGCUGUCACUUCACCAUGGACGAGCACCGGCUGCACUCCGUCAAGUGGUACCGAGACAUGAACGAGAUCUUCCGGUAUAACCCCUCGCAGAAGCCGCCGAUCCGUCUGUUCAACGUAUCCGGCAUCAUGGUGCAGAGCGGCGAGUGUGCGGCGGAGUGGUGCGCCGUGCGCGUCAUGCCGCCCCCCGUGGCUACCAGGGCCGCAUACACUUGUGAGAUCUCCACUGAGGGACCCAAGUUCCUGAUUGCACGGCAGACCAAGUACAUGACUGUUUCUGCGAUGGGCGACCGCGCGCCCGUGAUAUCCGGAGCGCCGCCGCUGGUGCGGCCGGGCGACCAGCUGAUGCUGAACUGCUCCUCCGACUACUCGCUACCACCGUCCAACAUCAACUGGUACAUUGAUGGGGAACUGCAGAAGCCGGAGCCAUGGGAGCAAGCAGUAGUAAGCUCGCCACGAGAGGGCGGGCUCCGAGCGUCCUGGCGGGUGCUCCGCGUCACAGCGCCGGCGCGUGGCAGUGGGGCCUUGCGCGUUACCUGCGAGGCCGAGCUGCCGCUGGAGCCGCCACUGCUGCGGGACUCCUCUGUGCUCAUCACAGUGCACUCGCACACGCAUCCUGACAAAUAUGUCGCUAAUCGAGGUCAAUCAUCAGUCCUAAGCCUACAUUUAUUAAAGUUGUCGUUAAUUUGGACAUUUAUGGAAAUAUACAGGUACAUGAGCUUAUGAGGACAGUUGGGUAUUGUGGGCGGUGAUAUUAGAAGUACCUAAAUGUAAUGAUAUGCGAAGAUAGAAUUGUAAUACACGUAAACAAAUAGAUAAUUAAUAUACUUAAUUAAGAAAAUAAAUUAUAUUAUUAAAUGAAUGUAGCGAUAAAUGUUUAAAUUAUGUAUUGACAGACUAGAGUGGGAAUGCCUAAAGUUAGCAAAAGUUUUAAAAGUUGCGUUAUUUCUUAGUUUUGGGUGAAAAUGCGUCGUGCAGAUAUAAUUACCUAUUUAUCGAAAUAUAAAUACUUACAUACUUUUAUGUAAUUAGGUGUUUGUAAGCGAUAAAGAUUGUUUAAUAACGUGUUAUUUUAAUAUGAUACAUAUUUAGGUAAGUAUAAUAGUAAUGUAUUAAACUUAAGGUGCAAUUUUAGAUAUUAUCCAAGGAUAUGUAAAUAUUUUAGGUAAGUCCAAUCUUUUCUUCGAUGCACUUUUCUUAAAUAAACGAUCUAUGGCUGUGUUUUAAUAUUUAGAAGAAUAUUAGAAUUCAAUGUGUAUAUACGAUUAAUAACUUUAAUUUCAAGUCCAUUAGCAUGCUAUGUUCUAAUACACAUAACGAUGUAAAAAUUGUAAAUAA